CACAAUUAAGUGUAUUUUACUGAUUGUAAAACAGUGAGAAGCACUUGUUCAUCUCUUCUCAUCCAGCGGAGGUGAUCCAGCGCGCGCCGCCACACCCACCCCGGGACCCAUGCUUUGGGCGUGCCUCUGCACAGCCCCCGCCCCUGUCGCUCCGCCCACCAGCGGACCGCAAUGAUUUAGAAGUUCAGGAAUCCCACGUGACGUCACCCAUGGGUGACGUUAUGCUUCUCUAAAUAGAUCGUAUUGUAAUCUUCGCUCAGUCCAACGUGGUUGCUUCUGCGGGGCUGCUUCUCAUUUUCUACACUUGUUUGGUAAGUUUGAGCGCCUUGCCAGCAUGCAGGGGAGCGUGCAGGAGCCUCUGCAGUUUUAUGAAACGCUGGCCAGAGUGAUGAACUCAGACCAGGAAAGGCCUUUUGUGUGUAACGCUCCUGGCUGUUCUCAGCGAUUUCCCACAGAGGACCAUCUGAUGAUACAUCGACACAAGCAUGAGAUGACACUUAAGUUCCCCUCGAUAAAGAAUGACAACAUGUUAUCAGACCAAACACCCACGCCGACACGGUUUCUGAAGAACUGCGAGGAGGUCGGACUGUUCAAUGAGCUGGUGGACUGCUCCAUUGAGCAGGAGUUUUGCAAAGCCCAAGAGGAGGAGGACAGCAAACAGAACAUCUCCCUGCACGGCCAGGCAGGCCAAGGCCAGCACCAGCAGUCCCACUCGCGGAUGGCCAGUCAUGACACCAGCAUAGUGAUCCAGCAAGCCCUGCCUUCUCCUCAGUCCAGCUCCGUCAUCACUCAGGCUCCCUCCACAAACAGACAAAUAGGACCUGUCCCCGGCUCUCUGUCCUCACUGCUGCACCUACGGAACAGACAGAGACAGCCUCUGCCAGCCUCCAUGCCUGGAACGCUGCCAGACCCGACCAUGCCGGGCUCCUCUGCUGUGUUGAUGCCUAUGGAGAGACAGAUGUCUAUGGGUUCCAAUAUGAUGGGCAUGCAAAGCCCCGCCCACAGCAACUCCUGCUCCUCCACUCACAUUCCCUCCAUGCACUCAGAAGCCAAACUGAGGCUGAAAGCUGCACUUUCACACCACCACAGUGCCAUCACCAACGGCAACAUGAACUCCAUGGGCCACAUGAUGGAGAUGAUGCCGACGCGGCAGGAUCAAAGCGGCCAUCAUCACAUGCACUCCCACCCGCACCAGCACCUGCAAGCCCCUCCCCACGCCUACCAGCACCACGGACACCACCACCACAAUCAGGGCCACGGCCACCAUCCGCAAGCUCACAAUCCUCACCACAACUCCCACAACCCCCACCUCCAUCCGGGGCAUCCACACCAGACCUCCCCACACCCCGCAAUGCACUCCGCUUCCCAGAUGUCACCUGCAACCCAGCAGAUGCAGCCCACACAGACGUUGCAGAGUCCUCCCCCUAGUGGCGGGCGGCGCAGGCGAGUCGUGGACGAAGAUCCAGAUGAGCGGCGGCGGAAGUUCCUGGAGCGAAACAGAGCGGCUGCAACGAGAUGCAGACAAAAGAGAAAAGUUUGGGUGAUGUCGUUGGAGAAGAAAGCAGAGGAGCUCACUCAGACCAAUAUGCAGCUUCAGAAUGAAGUGACAAUGCUAAAGAAUGAGGUGACCCAACUCAAGCAGCUUCUGCUCACGCAUAAGGACUGCCCCAUCACAACUAUGCAGAAAGAGUCCCAAGGUUACCUCAGUCCAGAGAGCAGUCCAGCAGGCAGCCCGGCUCCAGCGUGCAAACAGCAGCAGCAGGUCAUCCAGCACAACACCAUCACAACCUCUACAACGACUGUAGGGGGCGGCAGUGUGCACGGGCAGGCCAACCAUCACGCAGACAUUAACCCCAUCCACUAGGAACGACUCUAUAACCUCAGCUACAGCCACGAACCCCCACCCACCACAACCUCUGCAUUUUGAGGGUUACCAGCUGCACAUGCUGCCCCCACCCCUCAAAGAAAAAAAAAACCUCAAAGAGCCUGUGAGGCUGUUCUUUAUACAGUAGCUAAAGUAUAUUUUUAUAGAUCUAUUGAUGCAUAAAUGCUCUUGCUUUUCUACUUGCUUCUUUUGCGCUCGCUGAAAGGUGAAUUUUGCUCAUCUCAUGCACCUUUUCUGUAGUGUAACGGUACUAAACUGAUCAUAAAGGUUUUAAAUAUUUAAAACAUGAUCAUCAUCCGACUGUUAUGUUUCAUUUGCCCGAUGGACUGAACAAUAAACCAAAUGUUGUCUGUUUCACAUGUGGACAGAGUGCUGAGCAUUUGCUGCACAUUACAUAAAGAAACCGAGUCAUGCUGUCACCGUGAUGUCCAAAAAGACAGAAAUAUGCAAGCAGGUAUAACCUUUUUUUUUUUUUUAAUAAAGUGACUUAAUAUUCUCUCAUCAGCCUAGUUUUUAUAAAAAUGGGAUUUAUGGAAUAUGCCAGGAUAGCGAUGUAGCUAUAGGAUCAAAGUGAAAGAAUACACUGCAGUAUUGAUCAUUAUUUCCUGUAUGAUCACUGUGAUUAGUGGGGAGGCAGCUCAGGACCAGCUGAAGCUUUAGAGUGUGUGUGGCAUCCUUUUUUUUUAAUUUAGGACUUCAAAUGGCAGUAGCGAUAAUUGUGUACUUCAGCAUCGUUUUGCAUGUGAAUAUCGUACAUUUGUGUUUUCCUUCUUUUGUCUGCAGAGCAAACAAAGUUCAGCGGCCUCGCUGUGCGAAAAAGUGACGACUUGUAGCGUUUUCUUUCCCCUUUGUGGGGAUACUGGCAACCGUGAAGUGAUCAAUCCUUGCUCUCCAAGAUGUCACAACGUGCCUCGAAUUUUUGUUCAAAAAAACAAAACUGCAACAAAUUCAAUAGGAAUUUCUUGGUUUGUUUGUUCAUUUAUGUCUUAUAAACUAUAAGGCCAAAAGUCCUCUGAUUCCCAAGUGAAUACACGCCUGACCUUGAAACCUAAUCCUCUCAUCUUGACCGCAGCUCCUUGUUCUUUCCCAGGAAUGUCAGCUGACUAGCAUGAAGACCACAGUGCACUGUGUUUUACAGAAAGACGAUGGAGAUACAUUCCACUGACAGGUGGAGCAAUCGCAGCGCUGUCUAUGCACUUUGUCCUCUGUCGUGCCAGAGGGUAGAAUAGCCAUAUUAAGGUCAGAGUAAUUCUCAGUGAUCCCCUGUCUUCACACACCAGCAACAGACCUCACUGUGUUUGGCUUUAUGAAGAGACUGUGCCUGGCUUGCAUCAACGUUGAAACCAGGGGCUUGCAUGGCAAGGCUCUGGCUAAGGACCCAGCAUCAUUUCAUUUGUGCUCGUGUUGUUUUUCCUCAAAGAUGAAGACAGUUUAUAUUUCCAUUCGAUUUUUAGGUGCAUUUGUAGCUUUUGUGUCUUUUUUCUAAUGUUGGAUUUAAUGAAAAAAAGAAAAAGGGCUUUGUUGCACCAAUCUUCUGAACUGAAGCUUGCCUUAUUUCUGGCCGUCAAGCCCCCUUUUUGUACAGCGAGUUUCUCCAAAUAAUCCUUUGCAUGUGAAAAUGGGUCAACAAUCUCAAAGUAACUGGAAUGAAUAAAACGUAUGGACAGGGGAUCUUGGUUUGGAGAAAAGAACUGUCUUUGAGAAGUGCAGUGUGAAUGUGUGUGAGUAUUCUGAGCGCUGGGGAACAAAACUCCUUCCUGUAUAAUUUUAAAUAUUGUACAUAAUAUUGUUCAUUUUCUAUAAUCUUGUACAUGUAACGCAACCACCUUUCUGUUCAAAGGGCGUAUGAAUGUGUGGUACGUUUGUAAAUAAUGUUCUCAUCGCACUUGUUGCCUUUUUGUUGUAUUUCAAGGCUUACUCCAGCGCUUGUUAUAUAAUGAACAUCAAUGCCUGCAUCACUUUGUACAUUUUUUUUUUGGUGUGUCUUUAAUUACAAUGGUUACAUUUAUUUUGCAU